AUGAGGUUCACCUGGUGUACCUGGAGGGAGGGAGUAAGGGGGGUCCGGGGACAACGAGCUCGAACCCCGUUGACGACAAUUGCCAAGCUGUGUGGUGGUUCCGAAAUGAGAGCAAAAACUCGAAUUGCGGAUGUCAUCAACGCUAUUGACUACGCUAUCCCCGCCAUUGAAAUUAUCGACUCGCGUGUCGAGAACUGGGAAAUCGACCUCCCUGAUACGCUCGCAGGUAACGGCUCUACCGGCGGUAUUAUCCUUGGUGCUAUGGCAUGGCUAGCCAACCGAAUCGCUGAGUAUGAUAUUGAGUUCCAGGCUAGACAAGUCAUUAUGCCUAGAAGUUGCCUAGAAGCGAUCCCGAUAAAGAAGCCCGCAUUCUGGUCUUCUACAUUCGAAGGAUGGGGUACCAUUGAGUUCGAAGUUGUUUAAUUUGCUGCUACG